AACCCAAGUGUGCGGCUGGAGAGUACUAUGGUUGUUCAAGCAAACCCAAUAAUUGAACCAUCGGACCGACCAACGGCAUUGACAAAAAGGCACUCUUCAUAAUUGUGAUACACAAAAAGCUUAUCAUUAAAGUUUGAACAACUGCAUCUGCAUGUGCCAUUGCCGGCAUAGAAAUGGCCAUCUCUCACCUUUCCGACGCCGAGUCUCCGGAUGAGCAAGUUCCGCUGGUGCACAGCACCGUGGACGGUGUUGUUGACUACAAAGGCAACCCAGCCCUGAGAGCCAACUCCGGCGGCUGGAGGUCCGCCUCUUUCCUCAUAGGUGUGGAAGUGGCGGAGAGGUUUGCGUAUUUUGGGAUAAGCUGCAACCUUAUAACGUAUUUGACGGGUUCACUGGGGCAGUCCACGGCCACGGCGGCCGAGAACGUCAACGCGUGGUCCGGAACGGCGCAGCUGCUGCCUUUGUUGGGCGCAUAUGUGGCUGAUUCUUUUCUGGGGCGCUACCGCACCAUUAUUCUUGCCUCUCUCAUCUACAUCCUGGGACUAGGCUUGUUGAGUCUGUCAGCCAUGCUUGCUUCUCUCAGUACUUCUGGUGACAUAGACUCCACCAAAGUUAUGUCAUCUUCUUCGGAUGAGCUUGUAGUGAUUUUAUUCUUCUUCUCUCUAUAUCUAGUAGCCAUUGGGCAAGGAGGACACAAACCCUGCGUUCAGGCUUUUGGAGCUGACCAGUUCGAUGGAGAAGAUCCAAAAGAACUCAGAGCCAAGAGCUCAUUCUUUAACUGGUGGGUUUUCGGUGUAUGUGCAGGUGGGUCGGUGACAGUUUUUGUCUUGAGCUAUAUACAAGACAACCUUAGCUGGGGUCUUGGGUUCGGAAUCCCUUGCAUUGUGAUGGUCGUUGCACUGGGUGUCUUCUUGCUUGGAACCAGGACUUACCGGUAUAGUCCCGUAGGGGAUAAGGAAAGUCCGUUUGUGAGAAUUGGUGGGGUGUUUGUCGCCGCAGUUAGGAAUUGGCGGACUACCCCUUCGGCAAUAGCUAUCGAACAGGAGCCCCCUCCGACCCUGCCGUGUCGCAGCCAUCAACAAUUCAAGUUCCUCAACAAAGCCUUGCUGAGGUUCCCAGAUAGUUCAAAACAAGGCAGCAAGAUUUACACCAUCAGUGACGUUGAAGAAGCAAAGGCAGUUCUCAGGCUUGUUCCCAUAUGGGCUACGAGCUUGGUGUAUGCUAUUGUUUAUGCACAAUGCUCAACUUUCUUCACCAAGCAAGGGGCUACUAUGGAAAGAACAAUCUUCCCUGGCUUCGAUAUACCAGCGGCUUCACUACAAUCCCUCAUCGGCCUGGCCAUGGUAGUCAUCAUUCCCAUAUACGAUCUCCUUUUUGUUCCCAUAGCAAGAGCUUUCACCGGAAAACCCUCCGGGAUCACGAUGCUGCAGAGAAUCGGAACCGGGAUGCUUCUGUCUGUCAUUUGCAUGGUAGUUGCUGCUCUGGUUGAAAUAAAAAGGCUGAAAACUGCUCAAGAAUAUGGGCUGGUUGACAUGCCAGACGCGACUCUUCCAAUCAGUAUAUUGUGGCUGGUUCCUCAAUAUGUCUUGUCGGGAGUUGCUGACGUGUUCGCCUUGGUUGGUCUGCAAGAGUUCUUCUACGAUCAGGUCCCGGUUGAAUUGAGGAGCGUGGGUCUCGCCCUCUACAUCAGUAUUCUCGGCGUGGGCAGCCUUUUAAGCGGCCUUCUUGUCACUGUCAUCGAGGAAGUCAGUGGCAGUGACGGCGGAAGUAGUUGGUUUGCAGAUAAUCUUAACAGGGCACAUCUUGAUUACUUUUACUGGCUGCUUGCAGGAAUCAGUGCAGUAGCAUUUGUUGCCUUCUUGUGUUGUGCAAAAUCUUACAUUUAUAAUAGGCGAAGUACAAUGUAAAUUUAUAUAUAGUACCUCACCGGAGGAGCAGACAGGAAGAAGAAGAGAUUGUGGCGGACAGCCAGCCGGCUUUUUUCGAACGAUUCUGGCGGACGGCUUUCUAGAGAGGAGGCUGUCGGUAGUUGGGUCUCCAUUGAGCUUAAAUGAUCUAUUAAUUUAAGAAAUCAUCAUAGUAGUAGAAUUUUAGCAAGGUGUAAACACAAUUUUAUUGAUGCAGGUCCAACAUUUGGACUGCGACUAUUGAAGGCAAGUCAUUUGCUGCCACAUUGGGCUAAAUAGUGCAAAAUUGUUGAGUUUGAUACUGUUGCCUUUGGAUUGAAUGGGUAACAAUUCAUGCUUGGGUAUUUCUGAUGA